AUGGCUCACACAUUUUCUGCUUUUGGAGUUCUGCUGCUUUUGCUUGGACUCCUGCUUCUCACAGCAGAGGGGGGCAAGAGGAACCGUGGCUCUCAAGGAGCCAUCCCUCCUCCUGACAAAGACCAGCCCAACGAUUCAGAACAGGUGCAGAAGAAGCCGGGCUCCAGACCCCCCCGGGUCAGGGAUCGAAUCAAACCUCCAUCUGCUGAAGAAGUGCUGGAAUCAAGCCAAGAGGCGCUGCAUGUCACAGAGCGCAGGUACCUGAAGCGGGACUGGUGCAAAACCCAACCACUCAAGCAAACCAUCCAUGAAGAAGGCUGCAACAGCCAGACCAUCAUAAACAGAUUCUGUUAUGGCCAGUGCAAUUCCUUCUACAUCCCGAGGCAUGUCCGCAAAGAGGAAGGCUCUUUCCAGUCCUGUUCCUUUUGCAAGCCGAAAAGAUUCACUACCAUGUCAGUGACACUGAACUGCCCAGAGCUUCAGCCUCCCAGCAGGAAGAAGAGGAUCACACGAGUGAAAGAAUGCCGCUGCAUAUCCAUAGACUUGGACUGAAAGGUGCCAUGUCACCUCCUGAAGAGAAAGUGCCUGUUAGAGUGCCAAAAGGGGACACAAACCAAAGAGAACCACAGCAAACCAAUGUAUGUUACCUGUGUGCAAUUAUGACCUUAUACAUCCUCUGAAAGCAUGUUCUGGAAUGACAUAACCACUUAUGCCU